CCGUUGGCUCUGGUCGCGGUCGCGGCUUUGCAGCAGGCGGCGCGCCGGCGGGAAGCGGGCCACAGGGACCGGGGCGCGAGCGGGGAGCGAGGGAGCCGGGCGUGGCGCAGGCUCCGCGACCAGCCCAUGCGGGGCGGGGGCCGGCGGCAGGGCCCGGGGCCCAAGCCGCCGCCGAGGGCGGUCGCGGAGGACCUGCCCGCCCGGCUGCCCCCUGCUCUGCCUCGCCCGGAGCCGGGCCAACCCAGAGGCAUGUGCUGCGCUGCUCAGCUCCCCCACCCUGGCCAUGCCCUGAAGCAGAAAGUUCGGGGUCUGGGGGCAGCCCUCCUCCCGCUCCAAUGACCGCCCAAGGACUCCUGCUGGCCAGCUCGACUGUGCCCUGCCUUCGCUCCCCAGGUCGUAAUGAACUAUUCCAAGCUGUAACCAAGGCUGUCCUUCCUCGCCCCUUGCUCUUCCUCCUCUAAGAAGAUUUAUUUUUUAAUUCAAGGAAUUGUCAUCCGUCCACUCCUUUCCUCGCUAAUCGUUUAGACCCCAGGCCUCGUUUCUGAGUGUAAGAGGGGGCGCGGUCACCCCCAAGACGGCUCGCUGGAAGGACGAAUUCCCCUGGCCGACCCACAGACACCAUGAAGCGGUGCAAAUCGGACGAACUGCAGCAACAGCAGGCAGAGGAGGAUGGAGCUGCAGGGCUGGAAGAUGCCGUUGGCCACCUGCCGGGCGCAGACCUCCGGCCUGGGGAGGCCACGGGUGCUAACUCUGCUGGCGGGCCAACUUCAGACGUGGGCGCUGCUCCGGUGCCCAACCCGGGUCCCCGAAGCAAGCCUCCUGACUUAAAGAAAAUCCAGCAGCUCUCAGAGGGCUCCAUGUUUGGCCACGGUCUGAAGCAUCUGUUCCACAGCCGCCGCCGGUCACGAGAGCGGGAGCAUCAGACGUCUCAGGAGUCGCAGCAGCAGCAGCAGCAGCAGCAGCAGCAGGGUGUGUCUGACCAUGAUUCCCCCGACGAGAAGGAGCGGUCCCCCGAGAUGCACCGGGUCUCCUAUGCCAUGUCCCUGCACGACCUGCCCGCCCGGCCCACCGCCUUCAACCGCGUGCUGCAACAGAUCCGCUCCCGGCCCUCCAUCAAGCGGGGCGCCAGCUUGCACAGCAGUAGUGGGGGCAGCAGCGGGGGUGGCAGCAGGCGUGCCAAGAGCAGCUCCCUGGAGCCCCAGCGCGGCAGCCCCCACCUGCUGCGCAAGGCCCCCCAGGACAGCAGCCUGGCCGCCAUCCUGCACCAACACCAGUGCCGGCCCCGUUCCUCGUCCACCACCGACACAGCCCUGCUGCUGGCAGAUGGUGGCAGCGUGUACCUCUUGGCCGAGGAGGCUGAGGGCCUCGGGGACAAGGUGGACAAGGGGGACCUCGUGGCCCUGAGCCUUCCUGGUGGCCCUGGCCAUGGUGACACUGACAUCCCCAUCAGCCUAGAUGUGCCGGACGGGACCCCAGACCCUCAGCGGACCAAGGCCGCCAUCGACCACCUGCACCAGAAGAUUCUGAAGAUCACGGAGCAGAUCAGGAUCGAGCAGGAGGCACGUGACGACAAUGUGGCCGAGUACCUAAAGCUGGCCAACAACGCGGACAAGCAGCAGGUGUCGCGCAUCAAGCAGGUGUUCGAGAAGAAGAACCAGAAGUCUGCUCAGACCAUCGCCCAGCUGCACAAGAAGCUGGAGCACUACCGCCGGCGCCUGCGGGAGAUCGAGCAGAACGGGCCCUCGCGGCAGCCCAAGGACGUGCUGCGGGACAUGCAGCAGGGGCUGAAGGACGUGGGCGCCAACAUGCGCGCGGGCAUCAGUGGCUUUGGGGGCGGUGUGGUGGAGGGCGUCAAGGGCAGCCUCUCCGGCCUCUCGCAGGCCACCCACACCGCCGUGGUGUCCAAGCCCCGGGAGUUCGCCAGCCUGAUCCGCAACAAGUUUGGCAGUGCUGACAACAUUGCCCACCUGAAGGACCCUCUGGAGGAUGGGCCCCCCGAGGAGGCAGCCCGGGCGCUGAGUGGCAGUGCCACCCUCGUGUCCAGCCCCAAGUACGGCAGCGAUGACGAGUGCUCCAGCGCCAGUGCCAGCUCUGCCGGGGCCGGCAGCAACUCUGGGGCUGGGCCCCCUGGGGCGCUGGGGAGCCCCAAGUCGAACACGCUGUAUGGGGCCCCUGGAAACCUGGAUGCUUUGCUGGAAGAGCUGCGAGAGAUCAAGGAGGGACAGUCCCACCUGGAGGACUCGAUGGAGGACCUGAAGGCUCAGCUGCAAAGGGACUACACCUGCAUGACCCAGUGCCUGCAGGAGGAGCGCUACAGGUACGAACGGCUGGAGGAGCAACUGAACGACCUGACUGAGCUUCACCAGAACGAGAUGACCAACCUGAAGCAGGAGCUGGCCAGCAUGGAGGAGAAGGUGGCCUACCAGUCCUACGAGAGGGCUCGGGACAUCCAGGAGGCCGUGGAGUCCUGCCUGACCCGGGUCACGAAGCUGGAGCUGCAGCAGCAGCAGCAGCAAGUGGUGCAGCUGGAGGGUGUGGAGAACGCCAACGCCAGGGCGCUGCUGGGCAAGUUUAUCAACGUGAUCCUGGCACUCAUGGCUGUGCUUCUGGUGUUCGUGUCCACCAUUGCCAACUUUAUCACGCCCCUCAUGAAGACGCGCCUGCGCAUCACCAGCACCGCCCUCCUGGUCCUCAUGCUCUUCCUCCUCUGGAAGCACUGGGACUCCCUCACCUACCUCCUGGAGCACGUGCUGCUGCCCAGCUGAGUGGCCAGCUGGUCCCCACCCCGUGCUCCCCCGGCCCCCUCUGGGGACUCCCUGCUCCCUUGGAUUUUUCACGUGUCUGGUUUGGCUUCCUGCCCAAACCGUCCAUUCCAGCGGCUCCUGUCCCUUCUCUGUUCUUGCUUCCGUCUGACGCCUUGUACCUGUUGGCCUAAAGGGAGCCUUUGAAGGAAGCCCUGGCUUGAGGCAGUGGGGACAUCUGUGGCCAAAUGGAGCAGAGGUCACCAGGAUGGACUGUUUGGAUUAUAGUCGCACAAGAAAUCUCCGCUGACUUGAAUGCUGCCAGUUGGAGGCCAGUGAGAAUAGGAGCAGGAGAGAGCCAUGCCUCAGCUUUCCCAGCAGAGAGCCCGCCUGGUGGCAGCCACAGCUCCCCCCUGUGGAGAUGGUUAAGACGAGGAGGGUGGGCGAUGGGAGGCUCUGCUGGCCCC